UAACUAACGUGUCGUGUUGAGUCUGCCGCUGAGAACCCGCGGCGGUGAGAACAACAUAUUUACGACAUAUAAAUAAUGUGUUUCCAUAACACAUCACAAGUGCAGUAAUUCUUUUAAAACAUAUUAAUUACACAACGUUAUCAUUCAACUGACUCGAGCGAGGUCAACGCCUCGUCAGUGAUGCCAACAUAACAACAUAUUACAAGUGAUAGAAAUGGCGGGACAGUGUCAGUGUGUCUUCAACUACGUUUGUUUUCGAAUGUUCCUCGAAGAUUAAGAUUACCUUUAUGACUAUAUAAAAAUAUUGAAAAACACGUUUUUAGAUAUUUAUCUAUGACCGUCGGCCAAACGAAUGUUCCGAAAUACAAACUCAUUAACGGAAGAGAGAUGCCCGCCAUUGCUCUGGGGACUUACUUAGGGCACGACAAGAGCGGUAUGGUGAGGUCGGUCAACAAACAGCUGAGGGACGUGGUGAUGCAAGCCAUAGACGUCGGGUACAGACACUUCGACACAGCGGAGAUAUACGGUACUGAGGAGGAGCUGGGGGAGGGAGUCCGGAGGAAGAUGGAGGAGGGAGCCGUCCGCAGGGAGGAACUGUUCAUUACCGACAAGCUAUGGAACACUCACCACAAGCGGGAGCAGGUGGUGCCGUCUCUGAGGGAGUCUCUCAGUAAGAUGGGACUGAGUUACAUAGACCUGUUCCUCAUGCACUGGCCCAUGGGACUUCAUGAGGACUACACGCACUCGGACGUGGACUUCAUGGAGACGUGGCUGGGCCUGGAGGACGCGGUGCGGCUCGGCCUCGCGAGGAACAUCGGCGUGUCCAACUUCAACAAGCAACAGCUGGAGAGGAUCCUCCGCGAGGGCAGCAUCCGACCAGCGGCGCUGCAGAUAGAGGUCCAUCCUCAAAUAAUACAAACGGAGCUGGUGCAGCUCGCUCAGCGUCACCAGCUCGUGGUGAUGGGGUACAGUCCGUUCGGGUCGCUGGUGACCAGGUACGGCCUCACGUUCCCCGGACCCACCAUCGACGACCCCACACUCGUCGCCAUAGCACGCAGACACCACAAGACUACACCACAAGUGGUACUGAGGUGGCUGGUCGACAGGAACGUCGUGCCGGUCACCAAGACCGUCAGCCCCUCGCGGCUGAAGGAGAACAUCGACAUAUUCGACUUUGAAUUGAGCGCCAGAGAAAUCGAAAUCAUCAACAAGUUUGAUGAAAAAACCCGCUACACCCUCCCGUCGUUUUGGCAAACACACGCUUACUACCCGUUUGAAAAGGUCGACAAUCCUUCAGCAGACCCUUUCAUCAAACAUUAGUAUUAUUAUGUCGGCAAUACACACGUGUCGGAAAUCAAUAGAAAAUUUAAAAAAUAUUUUAGUUCUCGAAAAGUAUUUUACUGUUUUGUAACUCAUUAAGGAGUCCUAGUAGUAGUAACUUCGCAUUUAUCAUUGUAUUCUUUUACUUUAAAGUUUAAAACAUAAGAUUGAAAUAAAUGUUUCUUCAAUAUUCAUUUUAUUUAAA